CCAGUGAGGGUGCAGCCAAAUCAGAGAACAUCACAAUGACUCCUGCACCUCCUUUGAAGCGACAGAGCUUUGGUCAUUUUCAGAUCCCUGUAAGCACAUUUUCAAUACAGUUCGAAGAUGAGAAUGUUGGGGCGACUAAUGAAGUUGGAAAGCAGAAUGCAAAUGAAAGACGUGAUGGAAUAGGGGUAGCAGCUAUUACGAAGCAAAGGGAGGAUCAGCAGCUUAACGUAACAAUGUCAGAAAAGGUUCAGCUUGCAGUGUUGUCUCAAGGCCUUGCCGCAAAAAGUAGUUGUGACAAAGGUUUAAUAUGUGAAAAUGGACAGAUAAAAGAUUCCCAACUAUUACAGCGCCACAACUAUUUAGAAGAAAGGUCGACAUCUAUAAGAAACAGCCCAGUCCCGGCUGAUCCUUGUUGUCAUCAUGUUACAGGUAGAAAGCUCUAUUUUCCAAAUGAAAAUCAUCUGCCAACCAAUAAGAUAGCAGAUAACUCAACUAUUGUCAGAAGCAUUAACCAUGAAACAAAGGGCUGUGAAGAUGCACCAGUGGACCAAGGCACAGUACGGACAGAACAAGGCGAGAGUGAGUGUACUGGUGUCAAUGAUGAGCUGUGCUUGCCUCAGUCAGACGAGAGGAAAAUCCAGAUUACAGUCAAGGACACUGGUACAGAGCAAGAGCACCGUACACCUUCUAAUCCCACACUAACACUCCUCAGCCGGCCAGCUCAAUUACAGGUCAGUCAGAUAAAUUCUGCAGUGGAGAGUGUGGCACAAACUACCCAUCCAACCAAGCAACCAGUGACAUGGGAACCUACAAAGCUCUCAAAGGAAACUUCCAAAAUCCCUCGAUCACUGGAGACUUUUACUAAACAAACAGCAAGCACACCAAAGCUUUCCAGCCCCUCUUAUUCAUCCUCUGUUAACCAAGGUACUAAAGUGCAGAUUUUUCACCAGACACAGCACAACAAAGCUACCAGACAGUUUCUAACACCACUGAAAAGUGCUCAGGCUCAGGGACCAACUGCAACGAAGAGUAAAGAUAAGAAACAUGAACCCAAAGUGGGAGUCUCUCUCUCUGACCAUGACAACGCUGCCACUGAAGUAAAAGAGCAAACGCAUCAGAAAGAGGACAAGGGAAGCAGUAAGAGCCCAGAGAAAACCAAACUUACUCUAGCAUUGACCUCUGACCCCCGGGUUUGUGAUGCCAGCCAUCUCUCAGAGGAGGAGAGGGUGUGUGUGCUGGAGGAAGCAUUGAAGGCUAGAGCACUGGUGGUUACAAUGCUGUACCAGGAUGGAACCACCCAACUGGAUGCUGAGCAGAAAUGUCCUCCUCCUGUGUGUGGGAUUUUGGUUCAGCUAAAGAAGAGUCUGGACUUGGUGGGUGUGGAGGAGGCAGGAGCUGCUAAGGAGAGGCUGCUGUUUUUGAGACUAGAACAAAGGCCUGUGUGGGCUCAGCAAGACCCACAACACAACCAGGAUCUGUUCACCAGAGACGUACUGUUGCAGAUGGUGUGCAAAACUCAGACUUUAGUGUGUUACAAAGCUAAAGACCUGCUCCGCACAGCAGUCAAGCAUUUCAGCAAGGAUCUGACCUGGAAACAAGUAGCUGAUUGUAAAGUGUUGGACCCUCAGAUUGCAGCCUGGUUACUAGAUCCUGCUGAUUGUGCCACCUGCUUUCAGGACCUUUUCAACAAGUACUGCACCCAGCCCGCCAGACACGUCCGUCCACAGACUGCACUUGAACACAAGAAGGUGACACAUGUGAUCGCCAGCCUGUCACACCUACACAGGGUCAUGGUGGAGCUUCGGAACAAGCUGGAGACACAGGGUCUGUGGAAACUGUAUUUCUGCAUGGAACAGAAGAUGAUUCCCAUAUUAGCAGCUAUGGAGAGCCAUAAGAUCCACGUGGACAAAGAAGCAUUAAAGAAGACAUCAGAGAUGCUCGGGGUGAAGAUGAAACAGUUGGAGCAGGAGGCUCAUCAGGCUGCUGGUCAGCAGUUUCUGGUGUCCAGCAGUUCCCAGCUUAGACUGGUUCUGUUUGAGAAGCUUCGUUUGCAUGAACGCUGUGAAAAUAAGAAGCUGCCCAAAACUCUUAAACAACAACAAUCCACCUCAGAGGCUGCGCUGUUACAGCUUCAAGCUCUGCACCCUCUGCCUAAAAUCAUUCUGGAAUACAGACAGGUUCACAAAAUCAAGUCGACUUUUGUGGAUGGGAUUCUGUCUUGUUUGACAAGGACGUUCAUCUCAUCCACAUGGAAUCAGACCAGUACAGUGAGCGGCCGACUGUCUGCUAAACACCCAAACUUUCAGGCUCUGCCCAGGCAGUCAGUACAGAUCAGCAGGAAGCAGAAUGUUCAAGGAAAGGGGGUGGAGCUGGUGACUGUCCAUCCACGAACUAUGUUCAUACCACAAGAGGGCUGGACCUUCCUUUCUGCAGAUUUCUGUCAGGUGGAGUUGCGUCUCUUGGCUCAUUUGUCGUCUGAUCCUGAGCUCACGAGAGUCUUUCAGAAUCCUGAAGCAGACGUCUUUACCAUGUUGGCCUCUCAGUGGAAGGGUGUCGGUGAGGACAGUGUGAGUUCCGAAGACAGAGAACAUGCCAAGCGCAUUGUCUAUUCGCUGGUCUACGGAGCGGGAAAGGAGCGACUGUCGGGUAUACUGGGUGUAAGUGCUGAGGAGGCCAGUCAUUUUCAGGACACGUUCCUACAGACUUACAGAGAAGUGCAGACCUUUAUACAGCGCACUGUGCAGCAUUGUCACAGACAUGGUUAUGUGAAGUCUAUAAUGGGACGGCGCCGUUUCCUUCCUCACGUGCAUUCGACAGACUGGGGUGUUCGGACUCAGGCAGAGAGACAAGCAGUCAACUUUGUGGUGCAAGGUUCAGCGGCAGAUAUUUGUAAGAUGGCCAUGAUACAAAUCUGCUCACAUGUUGACUCCUCUACUACUUUUACUGCCAGGCUGCUGGCUCAGAUCCAUGAUGAACUACUUUUUGAGGUGGAGGACUCACAGGUGGAAGACUUUGCAGUGUUGGUAAAGAAAACAAUGGAAUCACUUCAGCACAUUGACUGUCUUGGAGUCAGUCUUUCUGUGCCUCUGAAGGUCUCUGUGUCUACAGGACGAUCAUGGGGCUCCAUGUGUGAAGUGAAACUCCCCCCCAGCAGCUGCUAGUACUACACACACAUCUUCCUGAACCUUUUCUUUGUUCCUGUGUUCAUUGCUCUGUCUCUCGCUUCAUGAGUCUUGUUGAGUAAAAUCCUCUCUCGUUGUGUUUGGCGUUUCCGUGCCUAAUUUUGUCUAUUUAUCAUUUUUUUCUCGCCUCUGUCGUUUCUUUACUCCCUCUUUAUCUCUGAGCUGUAAUCCGUUGCCGUGGUAACCGGCUGCUGCAGCUCCCAGUUCAUUUAAAAAAGGCUUGCUGUAUCCAGGGGCAACCGUAGGAGCCACUGCCGAACUGUGCCAGUUUGUGCCUUUCUUUUUCUUCUUCUGUUCUCUUGAGUACAUUUCAUUAGUAUUACCAGUGCGGUUUUGUUUCGCACCCUGUUUCAGUCUGUCUGUCUAUCUAUCAUCUAUCUAUCUAGUUACAUAUGAACUAAUAACUCAUUACUAACUUUAUUCUAAAUGAUUGAACAUACUCAGUUCACUAGUCAGGAGUUCUUUUCGACUGCUGGUUAUCGUAAUCAACAGGUUUACCAGUUGUAAUUGAAUAUGUUCAUAUAUUUAGUAACAGCAGCAUGGUGACGCAUCAAAGGCUCAUGGGUAGAAUGGCUCUGAUCCUUGCAUCUCCUGAGGAUGUUCCUGAGGAGUUUAAAAUAUUCCUUUUAUGUCUAGGUUUCAGCACUCGUUUUAUGAUCAUCAAAUGACUCUCCCACAGUAACCACCCCCUCAGUGCAUCGUUGAGCUUAUACCAUCUUAAAAGGCUAACCUAAUUUAAAAUGAUUCUCCUUAUAAAAGAUCUGACUCCCACUGUCCAUCUCACAUGAAUAAUAAUAGGAAGGUUAUUAUAUUUUACCUCUCUCUCCUUCUCCAAAAUGUGUAAAUUGUGCAUUUGUGAAUCAGAACCUGGUGGCUCAGGGGGUAGUACUAUCGCCUCGCAGCAAGAAGGUCCUGGGUUUGAAUCCCAAGUCGAGCGGUCUGGGUCCUUUCUGUGUGGAGUUUGCAUGUUCUCCCCGUGUCUGCGUUCCUCCUGCCUUGCGCCCAGUGUUGCCUGGUGGAAGUGGGCCUUUUGUAAAACAGGACAGCUUUAUACUGAAGUCAUCCUGAUUUUUAAACCAGUUGUCCCCAUAUAUUUACAUUGUGUUGUAUACAUGACAAAAUAUGACUUUUGGUAUAUUUUACAUUUUAUAUGUAUUUUUUAGGAUUUUAAUUUUAACAUGCCAUGUAGGAUGACUCCAUGAUUUUGUGUUCAUAUGUAUGGAAUUUUAGAAAUGUGUUUCUAAUGCAUUGUGCACUCUGGUUUGAUGUUU